UUUUUUUUUUUUACUCUCUCUCUCUCUCUCUGAAUUUCAUUUUCUCAUGAAAACCUCAAACCCCACUUGGAAGAAAUUGGAUUUGCUUCUCUUUUAAGUUCCCUUUCAAGCUCAAAGUCUUCUCUCUCUUUUAGCUUUGUCUGCUUCGUUUCAAGAACAUAAAACUUAAGUCUCUGUGGUUUUGCAUUACAGAGUUGGUGGUGGAUAUGAUCUCUUCUCUCUCUUCAAAUGCCAUGUCUGGGUCGUCUAUUCUGUUUUGUUUUGCCUUUUUGCCACUUCUCAGCUUUCAAUGCUAAUUAGGUUGUCAGGUGCCUGAAAAAUUCCGACUCAAAUCGUCAAAACCUAGUUCACACCUGGUUUGACAGUCCAUUCCCUCUUUAUAUAUGCCCUGAAAAAUCCAACUCAAAUCGUCAAAAGCUAGUUCACUCCGAGUUUCACAACCCAUUCUCUCUUUUUCUAACUUAUACAUAUCUCUUUCUAUUGAAAAUAAUUCAAAGUUCAAGUCUUUUCUACUUCAUUUCAUUACUGAAAUCUAACCCAGCUCAUCUAAUCCUUAAAAACCAUAUCUUCAUCUUCAAGAACCAAAACCGCUUCAGUUCAGCAAAUCCUGCAAAACCUAUCUCUGUUUUUAUCCAUUUGGUGUAAGAGCCAGCAGAGAUAACAUGCAAGAUCCAUCAACUGCAUUCCAGCCGAUCAAGCCCCACUUUCCGGAGCAGGAACAGCUAAAGUGCCCACGCUGUGACUCCAACAACACCAAGUUCUGCUACUAUAACAACUAUAAUCUCUCUCAGCCCCGCCAUUUUUGCAAGAAUUGUAGGAGAUACUGGACCAAAGGUGGCGCUCUAAGAAACAUCCCUGUCGGUGGUGGCAGCCGCAAGAGCACUAAACGUUCCUCGAAUCAGAGACGUCCGAACUCGGAUCCCAACACCAACACUGACCCAGCUCGCCUCAACCGUCCGGUGCCAGAAUCAUCAUCAACAACAUCAACGGCACCGGCAACAUCAAGCUUGCAAUUGGUGGCUAAUAGGAUUUCGGAUUUGGGUGAUCCGACCCGCAUAUAUGGCUUAGAAGCAGAUCAGGACCGAAAGAUACUGGACAUGAGCGGUAGCUUUAGCUGGCUAUUGGCAUCAAAUGUGCAGUUUGGAAGUAUCUAUGAGGGCUUGAAUCCAAAUGGGUCGGGUCUAAAAAUGGUGCAAAUGGGUGGAUUUGUUGAGGACUUAAAUUCAGGUUUAAAUGCUGGUUCAGGUCAGAACCGAAGCUUAGAUGUUCAAGGCAAUGAUAAUAAUGACGUCGGUGGUGGUGGUGGUGGUGGUGGGAGUUAUUUGCAAAGCGGUGAUUGGGGAAACAGUAAUGGAUGGCCUGAUCUUGCUAUUUACACUCCAGGUUAUAGUUUCCAAUAGGGAGAACACAGGAUAAUAUGGCUUUUUUUAUUUUUUUAUUUUUUUUGGGUGUGGGUUUUAGCUUGAAUGUGGUUCACAGUUCACACAUGAAAAGGGGAAAAAAAAAGAGAGUAUUAGAAUUUAUUUAUUUUGGGUUUUUGGUGUGGAGGGAUUAAUUUUAUAGCUUUGUUUAUAUCAUAACCAUUAUGAUCUUAAUUAGUGAUAAUGCAGGGAUGUGUUGUUCUUCUGGCUUGCCA